AUGGCCGAAUUUGGAAGCUGGGAUCAGAUAAAGAAGAACCUUUCUGAAUUUAAACUCGAUUACAAGACGUUAUGGGACAUAACUUCGGCCAAGAAAUUCGAUGAGAAGAAGGCUCAGACAUGGACCGAGAAUCACUUUUUCUUGACGAUACAGGUAGGAACAGUUUCUAACUAUAUUAUCCAUGUUAGUUAUCCAUCGCCUACGUAAUUGUGGUCUUCGGAACAAAGUCAUUGAUGAGGAAUCGUCAGCCUUUUAAUCUGUUCAUCCCUCUCAAUGUAUGGAAUCUUUUCUUGGCCGUUUUUUCGAUUGUUGGGACCAUUAAGUUGACCCCGGAAUUCCUGGACGUUGUUCUUGGGAAAGGCUUAACUGGUAAGACCUCGACUCGGAUUUUUUAUCUUCUAGAAUCUUACUGCCAUACUACGACAUUCACUUCUGGAAUCAAUGGCUACUGGAUGUUCUUGUUUAUUCUUUCGAAGACCGUUGAACUCGUUGACACCGUUUUCCUUGUGCUGAGAAAGAGGCCGUUGAUGUUUUUGCACUGGUAUCAUCACAUUCUCACCAUGAUCUAUGCGUUCUAUUCGUAUCCCGUGACCCCAGGAUUUAACCGAUGGGGUAUUUAUCUCAACUUCUUCGUUCAUUCCUUCAUGUAUUCGUAAGUUGUGAACGAACCUGAUCCAGUGGGAAAAACGUACGAUUUUGCAGCCGAGAAGUAUUAAAAACGCAGCAAAAUACCAACUAAAAAAACUCGGUUUCGAAGAGCGCGCCCUUUCUCACACAAAGGGGGCGGGCUUUUGAAAUUGGAGCCUUUUCACUUGGAGAGGGAGGUUUUUGCCGCGUUUUUGACACUUUCCGAAUGCAAGAUGGUACAUUUUUUGUCAUUGAUCAGCUCCGCCACUGUAAAUCGGAAAACUUCUCUUUCUUUUAGGUAUUAUUUCCUCCGCUCAAUGAAGAUUGCAGUCCCCGGCCCUGUGGCUAAACUCAUCACAACCCUCCAAAUCUGGCAAUUCAUUAUCUCUGUGGCGAUUCUGGCUCACUUGGGAGUUCUUAUUUACGUACAGAAGGCCGCAUGUGACUUUAAUCCCCGUGUGUUUGUGUUGGCCGUGUUUAUGGACGUCACUUAUCUGAUCUUAUUCAUCAAUUUUUUCCUCAAAAGUUAUGUUUUGAAGGGAGGAAAGGCCAAAUACAAGGUCCAAAAUGGAGUUAACCCCAAGAAGACUAACUGA